GACAGAGGUACCAGAGGGGUUGAUGUGCGCGUGCGCUUCCUUCAGGAUGCCCGCCCCUAGAACUCCGGCCCCGCCCCCUGCAUGCUCCCCGGUUGCUUCCCGCUGCGCUGGCAGGGAGGGGGUGAGCACAGCGGCGAAACCAUGUCCCUGGAGGCGAUCCGCUAUUCGCGGGGUUCACUGCAGAUCCUCAACCAGCUGCUGCUGCCCCAACAGAGCCACUACGAGGCGGUGGGCUCGGUGCGCCAGGCCUGGGAGGCCAUCCGCGCCAUGAAGGUGCGCGGCGCCCCCGCCAUCGCGCUUGUGGGCUGCCUCAGCCUCUCCGUGGAACUGCAGGAGGGCGCCGGGGGGCCGGGGCUCGCCGCGCUCUUGGCCUUCGUGCGCGAUGCGCUGAGCUUCCUCGUCACCGCCCGGCCCACCGCCGUCAACAUGGCCCGCGCCGCCCGCGACCUAGCCGACGCUGCAGCCCUGGAGGCGGAGCGCGAAGGCGCCACGGAGGAGGCGGUCCGGGAGAGAGUGAUCCGCUAUGCUGAGGACAUGCUGGAGAAAGACCUCAAGGACAAUCAGAGCAUCGGGGACCUGGGAGCCCACCACCUCCUGGAGCGGACAGCCCCUGGGGGUGGCAAGGUGACUGUGCUGACCCACUGUAACACUGGUGCCCUGGCCACUGCUGGCUAUGGCACAGCCCUGGGUGUGAUCCGCUCACUGUACAACCUGGGCCGUCUGGGUCAUGCCUUCUGCACAGAAACCCGGCCCUACAACCAGGGAGCCCGGCUGACAGCCUUCGAGCUGGUCUAUGAGCAAAUCCCCGCCACCCUCAUCGCUGACAGCAUGGCAGCAGCCGCUAUGGCCCACCGGGGUGUGUCAGCUGUCGUUGUGGGAGCCGACCGUGUGGUUGCCAACGGUGACACAGCCAACAAGGUGGGCACCUACCAGCUGGCCAUCGCUGCCAGACACCAUGGCAUCCCCUUCUACGUGGCUGCCCCCAGCUCCUCGUGUGACCUCCGUCUGGAGACGGGCCAGGAAAUUGUCAUCGAGGAACGCCCAGGGCAAGAGCUGACUGAUGUCAACGGGGUCCGGAUUGCAGCGCCUGGGAUUGGGGUUUGGAAUCCUGCCUUUGAUGUCACCCCCCACGACCUCAUCACCGGCGGCAUCAUCACGGAGCUGGGUGUCUUUGCCCCUGAAGAGCUCCGGGCAGCCCUAAGUGCCACCAUCUCCUGAGGGUGGGGUCCCUAGACAGACCCCAGAAGUAAUCAGCCUGACUCUCUAUACCUUGUCCCCACUCCCCUAGGUUUUAUAGUAAACUGUGUUAUAUGGCUUGCCUCAAAGCUGACCUUCCCCCAACCACACUUCUUCGUAGAGUAGGGAAAGCAACCAGGGCCUUUGCUUGGCUUUUGAGAGCACAGCAGCUGGAGCCACGCUGCCCAAGUUCAAAUCCCAAUUCUGCCACUUUAUCUGCUCUGUGACCUUAGCGCAGUCAUUUCAGCCUCUGCACACGUUUGUCCUUGUGCAUAAAGUGGGAACGAUAGUACCACCCACCCCACCUAGGUUGCUGCCAGGACUAGAACUAGGCUGAUGUCUCAGGUCCAAAAAGCUCAGUAAUCAAGAUAAGAAAUAGAUUUGUGCAAUAUAUUUAUUUGAUCAAAAUUACUGCCAAAAAAACCCGGAAGGAACAAAAUACUGAAAUAUUAAAUAGAAUAGAACUUUGCACUUACUCAACUUGUUACCCUCCCUUGUUCCAAUAAAGCUUUGUUUACAACAUUA